AUGGAUGUCCUCCUCUCCAUUCCCCUCGUCUCAACCAUCUUCACCCCCUCGUGGUCGACCUCCAUCAACAUCCUCUUCUUCUACGCCACUUGGUCGACCCUCGUCCUCACCCACGAUGCCGCCGUUAUCCACGCCACCGCGCUCUUCGUCCUGCGCAUCUUCCUCUGGCUGAUACCGUCCCUCCUCUUCCUCGCCUUCGACACCCUCUUCCCCGGCCUCGCCGCCUCCAUCAAAUUCGCCGGCGCCGCCUCCCUGCCCCGCCGCCCGCUCCGCCUCCUCGCCCUCGCCGUCUUCAACAUGCUCCUCCUAACCGCCACCGAAGCCGGCCUCACCUACGCCUUCCACUACGCGACCUCCAAGCCUCUCUUCCGCACCUCCACCACCCUGCCCCUCCCCUGGCAGGUCUUCAAGCACGUCCUCAUCCUCUUCUCCGCCCGCGAGGGCCUCACCUACUACACCCACCGGUUCCUCCUCCACUCUAAUUCUCGCUCUCCGCUCACCACCCUCCAUCUCCGCUACGGCCACGCCAACCCGGCCUGCUCCCUCAACCUCUACGGCGACCACCCUUUGCCUCUGCUCGUCCUCAACCUCGUCCCCGUCCUCCUCCCGUCCCUGAUCUUGCGCCCACACCUUCUCACCUACAUCCUCUUCACCGCCCUGUGCACCGGCGAGGGCACCCUCGCCACCUCGGGCUACUCCAUCGUCCCGGGCAUCUUCCUCGGCGGCAUCGCCCGCCGCACCGCCGUCCACUACGCGAGCAAGGGCAAAGCCAACUACGGCGCCUGGGGGUUCCUGGACUGGGUCAACGGCACGAGUCGGGGAGGUGACGUCCUCGAGGACGUCAAGGACGAGGCGGAGAAGCACCGUCUCAAGGAGCGGUCGUCGAAGAAGGUGGACGAGGGGGCUGGCUUGAUCCAGGAUGGGAUUGAUGCGUUGACGAACGGGACUGGGACGAGGCGGAGCACCAGGAAGAGGACGCCCAGAAAGACUGGUUGA